AUGGCGUCCCAAAUCCAACAAAGCGAUUUCUGCCUUGAAUGCAACUGGGAAGCCUUCCACAUUGAUGGCAAGGCUGCGGUAGAUCCCUCGGGUAAUGUUGCCCAACAUCAUUGGAACUGUUCAAGCCACGAGACCCAGACACCCCUACCCCAUUGCGAGGUCGAUGAGGCCUGCUGUGAUGUAGAUGACUGCGCGCUAGACUGUGGGUCAGUAUGUGACGGCUUUGUGGGCUGUGACACUUCCACUGUAUGCUCAGUUACUCAUUGCGCGAACGAGAACUGUGAUGAUGAUGACUGCCACGAUGACCACUGCGAGGAUAAUCAUUGUGAUACCAACCACUGCGAAGUGGAUACCUGCGAGGACAAUCACUGUGAAAGUAUUGAUCCCUUGUGCUUCGAAGACCACUGUUGUGAUGGUACUGCGACUCAAGACUGUGGCUUUGACAAUCUGUUCGGACUUAACAAUCCACUGUCGCUAGACACGGGGAUGUUCCCUUCCAUGGCAAUGGGAAAUCAUUCCGUUAGCCAUGUGACGAAAGCCAUGCAGCAUCCUCUUCCUGGGCUCGUUGACCCAUACCAACAGGAAAAUCUCCGAUCCUCGUAUCAAACGCAUGCCACCCACUGCGACCAAGAAGUUUCCAACCACUUCGAGUGCCAUGAUUUCCAGAAAGAUUGGCAAGGGAUGUUCCUUGCGCCUUCCCUCCCGACACAGACAGAAGUCAACCCAGCAGAAGUUUUCCACAUGCUUGGUAUGUGUUCCGACUUCUCAAUAUGCCAAGAUCAGCAUGUAUCUCAACCAUCAAAUGGUCUCAAUACCUUCGACAAACCCAAAAUCGACACCUCGGACGCAUUCAACUGCUUCGAUCCUGAACAUCAUCAUGUCCACAGCCAUUUCAAAAAUCCCAAUGAUUUCAACCUGCAAAAUAUUCGCAAAGGACCUCACCGCAAUCACCAUCGCUGCCGACCUCAUACCCAUGCUCAUUCUCACCCAUAUUCCCCUUAUUCCCGUCAGUCUCGCUCAAGCAUCAGCUCUCACCUUAUUCCCAGUCCAGCCGAGACCCCACCACCCCUCGAAGGUGAUUCUUCAUCUGUGCUUACCACACCGGAAUUUUCUCCGGUGGACAAUAAGCUGCACAUCUGCAAGUGGUCAACUGAUAUUUGUGGAAUCAAGGCUGCUUGUGGUGCUACAUUCGCCGAGUGCGGUGCCCUUCAAGAGCACCUCACUACUAGUCAUAUGAAUACCGUGAACGGUGCCAAGGGCAAUGGAUACUACUGCUGCUGGGAAGGAUGCCAUCGUCCGGACGAACCCUUCUCACAGAAGUCUAAGCUUCAGGGCCAUUUCCUUACACAUAGUAACUAUAAGAACUUCUCGUGCUCGGUGUGUGGCAAGGCGUUUGCUAGACAGGCGACAUUAGAUCGACACGAGCGCAGCCAUCGUGGUGACAAGCCCUACACAUGCAAACAUUGCAACAAAUCAUUUACAGAUAGCAGUGAAUUGAAAACACAUUCACGAACUCACACUGGCGAAAAGCCUUUCAAAUGCACCUGGCCAGGAUGCAGCUUCACCACAGGCGACUCUUCGAAUAUGUCUAGUCACAGACUUACCCACGGAGAGCGAAAACAUAAAUGCCUUUUUGCAGGGUGCUCUAAGAGCUUCACACGUCCUGACCAAUUGAAACGCCACCAGAGAACAACACAUAAAGAAGGAUCUCUCCUAUCACCGAGCCCCGAUCGCUUGACUAUGACCCCUUUCACUCUUGUCUAA